UUGACAAUCUGCUUUUAAUGGGCCUUUGUUCCUUGAACGCAAAGGAAGCUUUAUUGGAAGACUAAUCCACAAUUCUGCUCCCUCUCCGCUUCAUUUGGACCUAAGAAACCUCUCUCUCUCUCUCUCUCCAUAUUCAUACAUUAUACAUACAUACAUAUAUAUAUAUAUAUUAAACUAUAGCAUAUAACCAGAGUCUCAUGGAAGCAAACAGACUCCAAUGUCAACCUUCAGCAACAUUUCUUGUGCUACUCUAUCACAUUCAAGCUGUCAACUACAUUCCAAACCAUUACUACUCCAUCAUCAUCUGAAAAUCAAAACUAAUACCAAUUCCAUUCUCCCAGCUGUUUUCUCUCUCCAUGCUCCCUCUUCUUCUCCACUAUGGCUCCCAAGAUUACACGAUAUUCAUUGACCAUCAUUCUUUGGAUCUCUCUCCUCUUCUUGUGUUUUCAUGCAUGGCGUAAUUUCAAGCACGACAACAGCAAAAAUGGUCAUCUCUCUGAUCUCUCUCAUCAUCACGAUCAUCACACUUUGCCCACCAGAAAAGCAUUAGCCACCAAGUUUGACUUCACACCCUUUAUGCGGCAUCACCGGAGACACGUCCCCGUCCGGCCGGGAAGCAGCGAGAUCGACCCACGUUACGGUGCUGAAAUGCGCCUCGUUCCCACCGGUCCCAAUCCAUUGCACCAUUGAGGUUCUUUACAGUUGCCUUUGUAUUCAUGCUUAAAAAAAAAAAAAAAAAAAAAAAACAUUUUUGAGUUUUUUUUUCUUUUCAAAUUUACAUGUAUGAUUCUAUACUUGUUUAGAGACUGAGAAAUCUAAUUCAGAUCAAACGAAUACCAUCGUGAUUACUAUGUUUAAAUUUA